GCCAACCUCUCCUGCGCGCCAGACUGCAGCGCUGUGGUCCCCCCCCCCCUUCUGCCAAAUUUGCCUUGACCCCUCCCUCCCUCCCUCCCUCCCCUCCGGCGAGAGGAUGCCACAGACCCCCCCAGGAGGGAUUGGGGAAGGGCGCAGCUAGAGCCGUCCGGAAAGGAAACCGCGAAGCAAGCCAGCCUCGCCGCCCGCGCUGCGCAGCAUCCCCCGCGUGCAAAGUUUUGCACACCUGAACGCUUCUUUUCUUUGCCUGCCUGCCUUUCUCUAUCUUUCUUUCUUUCUCUCUUUCUUUUUUUUGGACUUGGAUGGAGCCGCCGAGGCGGAGGGAUCGCGGGCGCUGACCCCCAAGCCCGCUCCAAGAAACUCUUCCAAGGCGUCCCCGGACUGGCCAAGGGGACCAGGAUGGCUUUGAAACUGACCAGCCCGCUGUGGACACUGACCAAGCGCCUUCCUCGCGCGCCGCAGUGGCUGACCGCCUGAAGCAAGGUGGAGGAAGGACCCGGGAUUAUUUACUGCCGCCCUCCUCUUCCUCCCGUCUGCCGUGGACUUUUUGAAUGGUUUUGGGGGGAGGGCAGGGGGUUUCCUUCCAGCUGGGUGACCUUGGGCUAGUCACAGCUUCUCGGAGCUCUCUCAGCCCCAUCCGCCUCCCAGGGUGUUUGUUGUGAGGGGGGAAGGGCGAGGAGAUUGUCAGCCCCUUGGAGUCUCCUGCAGGAGAGAAAGGGGGGAGAUAAAUCCAAACUCUUCUUCUUCUUCCUUCCCCCCCCCACCCCCCCACCCCGAUUAAGCGAUUGAGAGGGGGUGCAGGAAAGAAGGGGGGAUUUGCUUUCAAAGUGCUUUUUUUUUUUUUAAUUAGGGGUGUGUGGUUGAAGAGGGGCCUCCUGGACAGGUGACCGGAUGGGCCAGGUGAGCAGAUAAGAGGGCAUCUUCCGCGGAGCUUUUUUGUGGGAUGGGUUGAGGGGGAAAGGGGGGGACCGUCCAAAGGGGUUCUGCCCUGGCUCUGAGCACCCUGGAUGGUAUAAGGGGAGGUGUGGGGAGAAAGCCCCACUUUCCCCAGACAUCUGUGGAGUAGAUCUGUUGUGGAGGGAAGGGGAGAAGGCAGGUGAGUCCCCAACUCUUCUCAUGAAGGGAAACCAGAGAAGCAAAGGAUGAGAUUCCUGCUAAGAGCCUAGGGCGCCAGGGCGGUUGGGUGGGGGGGCGGGGGGGAAGCAUGCCCGCUGCUCCCUCCCCAGGCAUCCGUUUCACGCCUAACCCACCCCCCAUGGAGACUGGGCCCUUUUGAAAAAGAAUGACUUUCCCUGGGCAGGUCAAUGCCAGCUUGAAUGGGAACGACACGGGAGAGGCCGAGGGCGCCAACGGGUCGUGGGCAGGAGGGGACGCGGGCGCCAACGACACCUCCUUGGCGCUUGGCCUGGACCUGCAGACAGUGGGCGUCGGGGUCUUCCUGGCCCUCUUCAUCCUCUCGGCCAUCGUGGGCAACAUCUUGGUGAUCCUCUCGGUGGCUUGCAACCGCCACCUGCAGACGGUGACCAACUACUUCAUCAUCAACUUGGCCAUCGCCGACCUGCUCCUCAGCACCACCGUGCUGCCCUUCUCGGCCACCUUGGACAUCUUGGGUUUCUGGGCCUUUGGCCGCAUCUUCUGCGACAUCUGGGCAGCUGUGGAUGUCCUCUGUUGCACCGCGUCCAUCAUGAGCCUCUGCAUCAUCUCAGUGGAUCGGUACAUCGGGGUCAAGCAUUCUCUCAAGUACCCGACAAUCAUGACCGAGAAGAAGGCCGGGAUCAUCCUGGUGGUGGUCUGGCUCUUGUCCAUGGUCAUCUCCAUCGGACCCCUCUUGGGCUGGAAGGAGCCGAGAUCCCAAGAAGCCAACGUCUGCACCAUCACCGAAGAGCCCGGCUACGCCAUCUUCUCCUCCCUCUUCUCCUUCUACCUGCCCCUCACGGUCAUCCUGGUGAUGUACUUCAACAUCUACGUGGUGGCCAGGAGGACCACCAAGAGCUUGGAGGCUGGCGUCAAGAAGGAGAGGAGCAAGUCCAUGGAGGUGGUCCUCCGGAUCCACUGCCGCAGCGUGCUGGAGGAUUCCCUCGCCAAGGGCAAAGGGCACACGUUCCGCAGCUCCCUUUCCGUGCGCCUCCUGAAGUUCUCCAGGGAGAAGAAAGCUGCUAAGACUCUUGCCAUUGUCGUCGGAGUUUUCGUUCUCUGCUGGCUGCCUUUCUUUUUCGUACUACCUUUCGGUGCCUAUUUUCCUUCUCUGAAGCCCUCCGAGAUCGUUUUCAAGAUCAUCUUCUGGCUGGGCUACUUCAACAGCUGCGUGAACCCCAUCAUCUACCCGUGCUCGAGCAAAGAGUUCAAGAGAGCUUUCAUCCGGCUUCUGAAAUGCCAGUGUCGGCGGAGGAGGCGGCCCAUCUGGAGGGUCUACGGCAAUCACUGGCGGGGAGUCUCCAUCAACGGCGGCGGGCAAGACUCGGACGGGGAAUCGAGGUCCAGGAUUUCUACCCUCAACGGCUCCUUCAUCUUAAACUCCGGCAGCCUGGAACGACCCAGCAAGAGGAGAACUCUGAGCUUCAAGAGGUGGAGAAUGUUCUCCCCUUUCCAAAAACCGACAACGCAACUGAAAGAAAAAAUGAACAGCCUCUCAAACAAGAUACGGGGAGGCUCCGCCAAAGGGGGCGUGACGGCCUCGUACAGAACCGAGGUGGAAUCUGUCUCCAUAGGGAUUCCCAGUGAAUUCAUGGAGUCCAUCGACUACCCAAUGUACGAUGAAUUGACGGACUCAGAGUCCCGUGGUCUCAGUGAAACAGAUAUUUAAUGCCUACAGGGAUAAACGCUGGGGGUUCCAUUCUGCUUGGUCUCUAUCUUGCAUGCGGUCACCUGAUGUAGUCGGAUCCCGAGUGGAAGACUCCAGAAGGUGACGGAACUGUACAAUCACAGCAUCAUGAACAUGGAUGAACACUGCGUGGAGAGGAAAUGCAACUAGCCACAUGGACAAUCAAUCCAUACAGACUUCGGGACAGGGCACAGGGUUUGGAAUGGCGGCAGUGGGAAUACCUGUUUCUCCUAGUAGGUAGGGGUGGUACCUUCACUAGAAAGGCAACGUUCUCCAUACUCUGCCCCAAACCCUUCACACGUGUUACCAUGAAAUCCCUGAUGAUAUGCCCAGGUUCAGGAAUAAAUUAUGCAAAGGAAUAGGGAUUUUGCUUAAACUUGUCCGACUGGUAAGUUUUAUUCUGUUCAUGGCGGAAUGCUGGGUUUGGAGGCCACCCACGAACAGAAGGGAAAAGAGCAAAUGUGUGGUCGGAGAGGAACGAGAUGGAAGAGAUAGAACAGGUAGCCAAUCAGAGCACAGAACACCCCUGAUCGAACAGGUAUUAUGUGCGUUUGGCUUGACGAGAAAAAGAGAUUGUCCUAAAAGAAUCUCUCUUGCCGCAUUUGCCAGGAAAGAGGCAGUAUCUCUCUCUCUCUCUCUCUCUUUUUUUUAACUGGUUCCCACUUUCAAACGUAAAUUGCAGAAACAAUGAGGUCUAGAAACUUGCUUUUAAAAUGCAAGGCCCCUGAGUCUUAAGAAUUCAGAAUUCUGCAGCCGAGAGCAGUUUUCCAAAAUCCUGACACAGCCGAAGACAGGAAAGCAGGGUCCACAGCACAGGCAUCUAGUGGAUGCUCUGAAGCAAACGUCACCCCUGGGGGAGACAGGGAACUAUAGCACAUGGUGACAUGUAGGGUGGUUCACCUAAGGAUGCCAACCUCCAGGUGGAGCCUGGGGAUUGUCCAGAAUUCCAGAUCAUCUCCAGACGACAGAGGGGCUUUCCCCACUCACCUUC